UCUCUUCAUCAAUCUUGCACUGAGGCAUACCAUCAACACGUUUCUUAAAUCUCACAUGGAGUGUACAUGCUUAUGAUAUGGCUUCUACCGAUGUUUUCUCUUCCACCUAUCAGGGCUUCCUCAGCACCCUCAGCGACAAUGACCGGGCACGCUACGACGACAAGUGUACCCCGCAAGACCUGUUAGAUGGCUUCAAAAAGAUAUCCAGCCUUGCGAAAGGGGCCCAGAACAGGCGUUCUCAGAAGCCGUUUGCAAUCAUGCGGAAUUUCAACGACAGAAUGCGCCCGUUCUUCGCAAUCAUGGAGGGUUCCGUCACGCAAAGCUCUGUCUACGCGGGCGCCGCAUUAGGCGCCUUGAGGCUUACUCUCGAGUUGGCCAGUUGUUUUCCUACGCUUCUGACUAAACUCGUUGAAUGUAUCAGAGAGCUUACCGAGUCGUUUCCAAAAUAUGGCGCUCUGGAAGAUAUCUGUCGCGGCAAGCUGACUCGUCGACUUUUGGUGCACCUUGGACGAGUAUACAGUGAUCUCUUCGACUUCUUCAAUAGUGCAGCCUCACUAUUCACGGCUAGCAGCGGAAAAGUAAGGCGCCCGAUUGAGUUAAUUGCAUCUGUAAUAUGGCGUCCGUUUGACGAGAGAUUCGGUGGCAUCUUGGCCAACAUGUCAAAACAUCAGCAGCAAUUGAAUGAAGAAAUCACUAUCUAUCAGCUCGAACUAACAAGAGACGUGGUCACAACUUCAGAGGAGAUUUCCAAGGACAUACAAGCCACCCGGACCAAUGUUUCAGGCCUUCAAGAUCAGAUGCGCCUCCAAACGCGAGAACAAGCAAUUGAAAAAAUACAGGCAUGGUUGAAUGCGCCAAACUUUGCCACUACGUAUUGGAACACUCUCGAUGAAUGUCAAGAAGAUACUGCCCAGUGGAUCUUCGAUGUGGACAAGUUUCAAGAAUGGUCUGAGAGCAGUUCAAGAGCGUCGAUAGGCGGUUCCGCGCCUGAGAGCAGACUUUUGUGGAUUCAUGGAAACCCGGGAGGCGGCAAGAGUGUCCUAACGGCAUCGAUCGUCCGCGAACUCUCCGGCUACAAUCAAAACCUGAUUUACUUCUUCUUCAGGGAGCAGUACCCAUUCCACACUGCUUCCGACCUCGCCUUUCGCGCUAUCCUAGCUCAAAUCCUACACAAACAUAAACACAACGACAGCAUACUUGAUAAGUUUAUAUUUGCCUCGAAUCGUGGCGACAAGUCAUCCGGCCAAUCAAUCGCGACGCCAGCCGAGCUAAGAGAUCUGCUUCACUUGUGUUUGUGCUCCAUUGAAAAUCCUGUCAUGAUUCUUGAUGGCAUCGAUGAGUGUACAGAGCCGGAUGACUUUGUGAAACACCUCAAGAAGCUGCUCUCGAUACCCAAUUUACGCGCUUUAUUCUCGAGCCGGCCGACUGUCCAAGCAUUAACUAAGCUCGUCCCACCAGAUCAUCGCCUGAGCUUUGGGCAAGUGGGAGUAGAGCAUGACAUUGAUACAUAUUGUCAUUAUCACAUGACUGAUCUUGUCGAUGAGGGCCUUCUUUUGGAAUCAUCUGAUAUCAAGCAGCUGACGCGAAGACUCGUGCUGGGAGCUGAUAGGAUGUUUCUGUGGGCGAAACUCAUGCUCUCGUUCUUAAGAUCUCCUGCCCUGAACAGACGGCUGAGGGAGAGUAUGAUUUACUCAAUCACGCUUCCAGAAGGUCUCGGAUCUAUGUACAUGAGAAUCUUUCGACAGAUAUCCCUUCUUGAUUCGGCGCAACGUCAGAUGGCUAAAAGAGUUAUCCAAUGGACACUGCUUUGUCACCAAGAGUGUUUCCUGUCAUUAAAGGCAUGGCACCAGCUGCUUGGAGCUGAAGAGCCCAAUGAUGAGCGUUCGCUAUUUUCGCACCUCUCGGAGCUCAUCAGCUUAGUAACCUGCGGGUUGGUCACCCUACGCGGUUCGGAGCUCCGUCUAGGUAUGAUAGAUGCACCUAGCAUCUGUGGCUCCAACUCGGCAAACUGCUUGUUUGUCCAUCUUUCCGUCCGAGAGUAUCUCCUAGCAUGGACACCUGAGGACCGCACUAUUGCGAUGCUAUCUCCUUCCCCGAUCAUCUCGCAUAUGGAUAUGGCGAGGUUGUGCUUAGAUCACUUGCAUACCUCCGCUCCCCCAUCUAUCCCUUUGCGUAUAGACAGGCAAGUGUCUUCAGGCUCAGGCCGAGGGUUGAUUGAUUUAUACUCUUAUUGCUCUAUUCGUUGGCUUUAUCAUCUUGGUAAAGCUGUCUCUCCCAGGUUAUCAUUCCGCGACGCGUACAAUCUGGAAAUGUGCUCAUCCGCCGUUGCAGGGCUUUGCCACUUGCUCAGCCGUUUUCUCGACAAUCCCCUUGCGGUGGCUCACUGGAUCGACUGCUUCUAUACAAGCCCAUAUGUAUUUACAUUUUGGUCCUCACAAAUAGUGCGUCAACUUCGGCUUCACAACGACAAAAAUGUUCCCACCGCUUUCAUAUUGGAAGAGUUCUCACAAGCUCUGGAAUGGCUUGAAUGGGCACAGAGACUCCCGCUACCAGACAUUACAAAUCAAAUCUUUCUGCCUCUGAGGAAGAGCCUACCUCAACUAAUGGGAGAUUUGACUGAUAUCUGUAAGAAAUGGGAAGCCAAACUGAUCGAAACACCAUCUGUGAUAUGGAGUGACGUUCUUGCGUUUACGUCUAGCAAGUAUCUUCCGGCAGCCCAUUCCACAUAUCAAGUUCAAAUUGACUCAGGAGCACCCAUGUCUGCAUCCGGAGCUACCCGGCGUCUUUGCCACAUAUCUGCGACUUCUUCAGAUGGAUCUGUACUUGGUAUUCUUAGUAUCUGGCCAUCACGGAAGUUUGAGGAGUUCUGGGGAAGCAUUGACCCGAACACUGCAUACUCUGAAGUUGAGAACUACUGCGAGGACUGGCACGCAAUUUACGAGCUCAGCCGUGUCAGUGAACCGAUGGACAAGAUAGGCACGAUUUCUAUUCCGUUAUUGGCGACAGAAGUGGCGUUGCAGAUGAGACAGGCUUUCCGACAGGAGCAUUUCACGACAUGGAAGGCUUCAUUCCCAUUCUCUAUCAGCUCCAAUGGCUACUCUAUAUGCGUUUUGCGAACUAUCUACCAGGUCAAUAUCGAAUCAAUCUCCUCAAAGCUUCGCAUACGGUCGUGCCGUAUGCCUCUUGAGGGUAUUGCAGGGAUUCAGCAUUUUUGGGACGAUAGCCUUAAGGUUCAUGACCCGAGUAAUGCCCUCAGCAUCGGACUUCCACCGAGCUUGCAACUGCUGCAACGGAAGGUAUAUACAUACCGGAGCAUAUUCGAUGGUAAUAGUCGCUACAUCUUCUUUCAAGAUGCAAAGAAGUUCGAAGCGCCACUAUUAGCCGUAUUUAGAAUAGAAUAUUCGCAGAGUGAGCAGCUCCAAGUUCGACUUGUUGCCGUGGCACCAGAGGAUCACAGAGCCUCCUGGCUAGGCUCUACUGGGCUACCAUUAAGCACAGCAAGGUUCCAUCCUGAGUCUAAGCUCAUCGUAUCUGCUACCAAGGGACGUGUCAUAGCAUGGGACUUUUCAAGAAACAUUACAAACCAUCUUACACGGGAUGGAGCCGAUGUUACAAAUCUGUCGAUAUCAACGUGUGCGAAUUACGUGGUUGUCAUGCGUCAAAACUGUGACAGCCACGAAGUCUACGACUUGAGGGAAUGUGACUUGAAUCUUGACAACGGAACUGCCAAUGGCCUGGAAUCAUCAAGAGUGCUCAUGCCCCCACUUAAACAGCAAAAGAGGAAUGAUACACACGAAGAUUAUAUGGAAAUGCUUGAAUCAGGAUUGGACGUUGUCAAACCCAGCGGAUCUGUCUUGGCAUUUGCUGGCAGAGCUGGAAAUUCCAUUGUUAACGCAGGCUCUCAAGAGAUCAGCUACCAGCUGAGAAUUGACGGUGGCAAAGUUAAACUAACAGCGCCCUCAUCUACUGGAGAAACGACCCCCAAGAGCCUGGAGCUAUUGUCGAUACCAAGCACGAUCUCAACUCAAGACAGUCGCAUUACGCUAUAUCUCCCAAAAGAGGACGAGAAUCACCUCUCGAUUCUGGUAGAUAAGGGAAUAGAAAAUGGAUACAACAUGCUGGAUGAAUCGGGGCAAAGUCUGCCAGUCUUAGUCAGGAAGGACAAGCGGCUGAUCCAUGAAGCUAUCCGUCAGACUAUUGGGGACACAUGUGAAAGCACUAGGCUAGUGGAAGGGACUAAGAGAUUGUUUUCGGAGCUAGACCAAUAGUGAAGGGGGUAGAUUGAUGAUAGAGUUGUGUAUUUGUAUCUCUUUUGUUAGAUGAUCUAUUUGCAGUUCUGACCUAUGGCUGAGAGCUUAUACUCACUACGCAAAACUUAGUAUCUCGUUUACCUGUUGAGCUAAAAGGAAUUAUAAAUAAGUGCAAGCUUAGGUUAGCUUAGGUUCGCUUGGGUUCGCUUAGGAGAGACACGUCUAAUCUUUACGCAUUUUAGUCCUUUGAA